AUGGGAAGAGAAGGAAGAAGGGGGGGGGGGCGCGGAGGGGUGGCGGGCCGUGAUGCCGUGCGACCUGGAGGACGAAACGGGCUGGUUCACGAUGGGGUGCGCGUGUGGGGUGUUGUCCUCUUGCUGCUAUUGUGGCUGUGGCGGCGUGGGCGUUGGGACCGGUCAUCGUAUGGUAUUGUCGUUGGUGUUGCGGUAGUGGUUGUUGUUGUUGUGUUGUUGCUAUGUUGUUUAUCUGCACGCGGCGGCUCUGCACUCGCACCCAGUGAGCGGGCACCCCGUACAACACUGUACCUCCUCCGCGAUACUAGUAGCUAUACUAGCUACCGCCUAGCAUGUAGAUACGUACGAUGCAAAACCAAAAGUCCAACACCGAGAACGGAGCUCCGAGCAUGUUCCGUGAGCCCUAGCUAG